CAAGAAAGUUUUUAACCAAUGAGCAGAAGCCUAAGGUUGUAGCUUAAACUCUAAGGCCCCAUAUAUGCGUGUGCGACGCUAAUGUGGGUUACUGUUGCUCAGAAGAAGGCUGCUGGAUGGGGCGCAGCCUUGAGGACCAUUCUGAAGUUUGCAUGGGAGACCACAUAUCAACAAUACAUCAGGGAUCUAGCUAUCGGGUCAUCUAAAACCGAAGCCAAGCGCUCCGUAUUAUAACCACACUAUUGUCUAUUUUAAAGCAGAAAUACGUAGAUUAAAACAACAACCACUAUAAAAUAGGUAGUUCCACAGUAGAUUUUGGAAGAUGUCGGUCAGCAUCCCUUCCAACUCAGUGCCCAGUAGUGCCAGUCGCUUUCAGGUCCAUGUUAUAAACGAGGGCCAUGGCAGUGCGGCAGCCGUGGGCGACAGUGCAGACCCCCCACAUUAUGAAGAGACCUCUUUCGGGGACGAAGCCCAAAACAGACUGAGAAUCAGCUUUAGGCCUGGGAAUCAGGAGUGCUAUGACAAUUUUCUCCAAACUGGAGAGACUGCCAAAACAGACACCACGUUUCACGCCUACGACUCUCACACAAACACAUACUACCUACAAACCAUGGACGCCGUCCCCAAGAUUGAAUACUACCGCAACACAGGCAGCGUGAGCGGGCCCAAGGUCAACCGGCCCAGCCUGCUGGAGAUCCACGAGCAGCUGGCUAAGAAUGUGACUGUGGCCCCUGGUUCAGCUGACAGGGUUGCUAAUGGAGAUGGGAUGCCUGGAGAUGAGCAAGCAGAAAACAAGGAAGAAGACAUGACUGGAGUUGUGAAGUUUGGAUGGGUGAAAGGUGUGCUGGUGCGAUGCAUGCUGAACAUCUGGGGAGUCAUGCUCUUCAUUCGCCUCUCCUGGAUUGUAGGAGAAGCGGGAAUUGGUCUCGGUGUGAUUAUCAUCGGCUUAGCCGUGACAGUGACAGCCAUCACAGGUUUGUCCACCUCUGCUAUCGCCACAAACGGAUAUGUCAGAGGAGGUCUUGGAGUUCUUAUAAUUCUUCUUUCCACCAUGGUAACCUCUAUCACUGGGUUGUCAACUUCUGCAAUAGCAACAAACGGGUUUGUUCGUGGAGGUCUGGGCGUCAUCAUCAUUGGCCUGAGCGUAGUUGUGACAACACUCACAGGUAUUUCUAUGUCGGCUAUUUGCACAAACGGAGUGGUGCGAGGAGGUGGAGCCUACUACCUGAUUUCCCGGAGCUUAGGGCCUGAGUUCGGUGGGUCAAUAGGCUUGAUCUUUGCUUUUGCCAAUGCAGUGGCUGUCGCUAUGUAUGUGGUGGGAUUCGCGGAGACUGUCGUGGAUCUUCUUAAGGAGAGCGAUUCAAUGAUGGUGGAUCCAACCAAUGACAUCCGCAUCAUCGGUUCCAUCACCGUGGUGAUUCUUCUAGGAAUCUCAGUAGCUGGGAUGGAGUGGGAAGCAAAGGCUCAAGUCAUUCUCCUGGUCAUUCUUCUCAUUGCCAUUGCAAACUUCUUCAUUGGAACUGUCAUCCCAUCCAACAAUGAGAAGAAAUCCAGAGGCUUCUUUAACUACCAAGCAUCUAUAUUUGCGGAAAACUUUGGGCCAAGCUUCACAAAGGGGGAAGGCUUCUUCUCGGUCUUUGCCAUCUUUUUCCCAGCUGCUACUGGGAUUCUUGCUGGUGCCAACAUCUCUGGAGACCUGGAGGAUCCCCAGGACGCCAUCCCCAGAGGGACCAUGCUGGCCAUCUUCAUCACCACCGUGGCCUACAUAGGUGUUGCUAUUUGCGUAGCCGCCUGUGUGGUCCGAGAUGCCACUGGCAGCAUGAAUGACACCAUCGUUUCUGGGAUGAAUUGCAAUGGCUCUGCGGCCUGUGGGUUGGGCUACGACUUCUCAAGAUGUCAACACGAGCCAUGUCAGUAUGGGCUGAUGAACAAUUUCCAGGUCAUGAGCAUGGUGUCCGGGUUCGGGCCCCUCAUCACUGCAGGGAUCUUUUCGGCAACACUGUCUUCCGCCCUGGCCUCCCUCGUCAGUGCGCCCAAAGUAUUCCAGGCUCUGUGCAAGGACAACAUCUUCAAAGGACUGCAGUUCUUCGCAAAGGGCUAUGGGAAAAACAACGAGCCCCUGAGAGGGUACUUCCUCACUUUUGUGAUAGCCAUGGCAUUCAUUCUCAUCGCCGAGCUGAAUGUCAUUGCCCCCAUCAUCUCCAACUUCUUCCUGGCCUCAUAUGCGCUUAUUAAUUUCUCCUGUUUCCAUGCCUCGUAUGCCAAAUCUCCAGGAUGGAGGCCUGCAUAUGGGAUUUACAACAUGUGGGUAUCUCUUUUUGGAGCGAUUUUGUGCUGUGCAGUCAUGUUUGUCAUCAACUGGUGGGCAGCUGUCAUCACUUAUGUCAUUGAGUUAUUCCUCUAUAUCUAUGUGACUUAUAAGAAGCCAGAUGUGAACUGGGGCUCCUCCACACAGGCUCUGUCCUAUGUGAGUGCUUUAGACAACGCUCUGGAAUUAACCACAGUGGAAGACCAUGUGAAAAACUUCAGACCCCAGUGCAUUGUCUUAACAGGCGGACCCAUGACUAGACCCGCUCUCUUGGAUAUAACCCACGCCUUUACGAAGAAUAGUGGCCUCUGCAUCUGCUGCGAAGUCUUCGUGGGACCUCGCAAGCUGUGUGUUAAAGAGAUGAACAGCGGCAUGGCUAAAAAACAGGCCUGGCUUAUAAAGAACAAAAUCAAAGCUUUUUAUGCUGCAGUGGCUGCAGACUGCUUCAGGGACGGUGUCCGGAGCCUCCUUCAGGCCUCAGGCUUGGGGAGAAUGAAGCCAAACACUCUCGUGAUUGGAUACAAAAAGAACUGGAGGAAAGCUCCCUUGUCAGAGCUGGAGAACUACGUGGGAAUCAUACAUGACGCCUUUGACUUUGAGAUUGGCGUGGUCAUAGUCAGAAUCAGCCAAGGCUUUGACAUCUCUCCGGUUCUCCAGGUACAAGACGAACUGGAGAAACUGGAACAGGAGAGAUUGGCUCUGGAGGCCGCAAUCAAAGACAACGAGUGUGAGGAGGGCAAGGGGGGCAUCCGAGGCUUGUUUAAGAAGGCCGGCAAGCUGAACAUUACCAAGCCAGCCCCCAAGAAAGACGGCAACAUCAGCAGCAUCCAGUCAAUGCACGUCGGGGAGUUCAAUCAGAAACUGGUGGAAGCCAGCGCUCAGUUUAAAAAGAAGCAGGGAAAAGGCACGAUUGAUGUUUGGUGGUUAUUUGAUGAUGGAGGGUUAACACUGCUUAUCCCAUAUAUCUUGACUCUCAGAAAAAAAUGGAAAGAUUGUAAGUUAAGAAUCUAUGUUGGAGGAAAGAUCAACCGCAUCGAAGAGGAAAAAAUUUCAAUGGCUUCACUUCUCAGCAAAUUUAGAAUAAAAUUUGCAGACAUCCAUAUAAUUGGAGACAUCAACAUUAAGCCAAACAAAGAGAGCUGGAAAGUCUUUGAAGAGAUGAUUGAACCUUAUCGGCUUCAUGAAAGCCACAAAGAUUUGACCACUGCUGAGAAAUUAAAAAGAGAAAGUCCAUGGAAAAUUACAGAUGCAGAACUGGAAGCAGUCAAGGAAAAGAGUUACCGUCAAGUUCGACUGAACGAGCUCUUACAGGAACACUCCAGAGCCGCCAACCUCAUCGUGUUGAGCCUUCCAGUGGCAAGAAAAGGAUCUAUUUCGGAUUUGUUGUACAUGGCGUGGUUAGAAAUCCUGACCAAGAACCUUCCUCCUGUGUUACUGGUUAGAGGAAAUCACAAAAAUGUCUUAACAUUUUACUCUUAAAGCCUGAAGGAUGAGAAAUGUUGUGCCUUGGUGUCUGAAUAAUUCUGAAACACAUCUGGUUCUUUGUGUUUUAAAACCUCUUCUAUGAAUAUACAAACCUCUGGAGACUAACCUAACCGAUUCUACAUAAGUUUUGUCUUUUAAAAAAAAGUUAUUAUUAAUGGGAGGUUUUUUUCCCACUAGCUUAAAAAACAUUGAAAGCCAUGAGACUCCUAGAAAAACACUUUUCCGUUGUUGCUGGUAAAUAAGAAAUUAAUAAAAGCUGGCUGACAUGCUUACAGGAUAUGCUAAUCUAGCUGUGAGCUCCAGGCAAACUUUAUCUCGUUUCUGUAGAGUCUGCCGCAUGGCCCUGGUGCAGGCCACAGGCCCACAGCGGGCUCUCCUUAAGUUCUUAUUGACAGGCUGGUAUGGUGAAGGCAGGUGGCUAUCAUAGGAAAAGGCCUGCUGGGUCAGUGGCCUGAUUCUGCUUGGCCUCCUGAGAAGUUUGUGAAGAUUUAAAAAUCAAUAUCUGGAAACUCUAAGAAGGACUGAAGUCUACAAAGUGUUCAAAGCAGUUACCUAAAUAAGGUUUAUUUAAUGCAGCGGAUAAUAAGCUUACCCUCUGAUCACAUGUAGCUUACACUUGCUGCUAGCUGGAGGUAUAUUAGGUAGGUGAGCAAGAGACCCAUGUUCCACUUACAUGAAAUAGAGUCUUAACAUACAAAUAUCUAUUGUCUUCCUGGCUAAAUAUUUUGGUAUUUCUACCUUAGUACUACUUUAUUUUUUUCUCUCUCUAAGUGGUAUGCAUAGAUGAAAUAAAAAUCGAUGAUCUCAUAGAAAAUUAAUUUCACAGGUUUCCAAUCCACUAUUAAAAAUGUAUCCAGAUCCUACAUUUAUUUACUUUCUAAAUAUAUAGGUAUUUAACCCGUGCUUUACAGAAUAACAAAGAUAUAAAUGGAGACACAUGUAAAAUUUAAAAAUAGAGGUGCUGAUUUUUCUUCUUGUUAGUGUGUGUAUAAUAUUUAAUCACAGAAAAAAUGCUUAUAUGAUAAAUGGCUUGCUUUUGGUUUGUGUCAUUUCUUGGCAUAUUUUGACUGGGGGAUGUUCGUGGGGGCAAAUUGACCUGAAAUAAAAUCACUACAUUUUGUUUGCUUUGGCAAA